UCUUGGCGCGAGACUUGUCCUCCGUACGGGACCGCGGGUUGUAAAGAAACAUCGUCCUACUGAUGGAAAAGCUCCUGACUACAUUGACCACCGGUUGUUGAGCACGACACCCGUACAGUGACAGCACUUAAACCUCUUGGCUGGCUGAUGGUGUGUGGAUUUAUUCAGAAUGAAUUGCGAGCUUUUGGCAACGUGCACUGCUCUGGGCUAUCUGGAGGGAGACACCUACCAUAAGGAAGCUGACUGCUUAGAGAGUGUGAAAGACUUGAUCAGGUAUUUACGGCAUGAAGAUGACUCCCGGGAUGUCCGCCAGCAGCUGGGUGCAGGCCAGAUCGUACAGAAUGACCUUCUACCUAUUAUCAUACAGCAUGGACAAGACAAGGCCUUAUUUGAUGCCUGCAUCAGGCUCAUGGUCAACCUUACUCAGCCUGCCAUGCUUUGCUUUGGUAAAGUCCCAGAUGACCCCGUGUUUAGACAUCACUUUUUGCAAGUGACGUCUCAUUUACAAGCCUAUAAAGAGGCAUUUGCCAGUGAGAAGGUGUUUGGCAUUUUAAGCGAGAUAUUAUACAACCUUCUACAACUGGACUGGGAGCAGAGACAGGAGGAGGAUAACCUGCUGAUAGAGAGGAUCCUACUGCUGGUCAGGAAUGUGCUUCAUGUACCUGCAGACCCCUGUGAAGAGAAGAAAGUGGAUGAUGACGCCAGCAUCCAUGAUAGGCUGCUGUGGGCCAUUCACAUGAGCGGCUUUGAUGACCUGGUCAAGUUCCUGGCAUCAGCCCAGAGUGAGCAGCAGUGGAGUAUGCAUGUGCUGGAAAUAAUCUCCCUCAUGUUCAGAGACCAGACGCCGGAAGCGCUGGUGAGCGCCGGUCAGGCUCGUUCGGCUGAAGAGAAGCAGAGAGACUCUCAGGAGUUGGAGGCACUGAGGCAAAAAGAGCAUGCAGCGAAACGUUCUCGCACAUUUCAAAGAGGAACCAGACACUCUCGCUUUGGAGGGUCCUAUGUCGUUCAAGGCCUCAAGUCCAUUGGGGACAAAGAUGUGAUUUAUCACAGACACAUUCACGAUUUCAAAAAUUAUACUCACGACGUAGGCAAAGCAGUGAGACGCGUUCCCAAGAAGAAUCGACAGGCUCAGGAAUGUAAGGACAAACGUCGUUCAGCCUUAAAUGUUCGACUCUUCCUGCGAGAGUUUUGCGUGGACUUCCUGGAGAACUGCUACAAUCGCCUCAUGUACCUUGUCAAGGAAAGUCUAAUUCGAGAGCAAACUCAGCAACAUGACGAGACGUACUACCUGUGGGCGCUCAGCUUUUUCAUGGCCUUCAACCGGGGCAACGGUUUCCGUGCUGACUUAGUUUCUGAGACCAUGUCCAUCCGCGCUUUCCAUUUUAUUGAGCGCAAUAUCACCAACUACUAUGAGAUGAUUCUCACUGACCGCAAAGAGGCAACGUCCUGGUCCCGCAGGAUGCACCUGGCUCUAAAGGCGUAUCAGGAACUGCUGCUAACUGUGAACGAGAUGGACCGCUCACAGGAUGAAAGCAUCCGUCACAGUUCCAACGUUAUUAAAAGUAACAUAUUUUACCUGAUGGAAUACAGGGAGAUUUUCCUGACCUUGCUGAGGAAGUAUGAUGAAACCAAACAGCCUCACUCCUACCUCAAAGACUUGGUGGAGUCAACUCAUCUUUUCUUGCGCAUGUUAGAGCGCUUCUGCAAAGGUCACAGAAACUUGAUCGUUCAGAAGAAGAAGGUGAAGCGGAAAAGGUCUCGAGGUGACAAAAAGCCCUCAGCUGCAGAAACUAGUCCCGAAGCGCUAGCAGAAACCUGGAAGAUUGUGGAGGAAGAGCUGAAGACUGCAGGGUUUCAGCUGUCAGAGUCUUUAAUGGAAAGCAUCGUGCCAUUCGACGCCACAUCUGAAACUCCACUUGAAGAGCAGCGGACUGAAGCCAUGGUGCGGGUGCAGGACUCCCUGCUGGCCCGUCUGGGACCAGAAGCGCUGGGUCUGCUGCGGGCUGCCAGGGAGGUGUGGCCAGAGGGGGAUGUGUUUGGUUCAGCUGAUGUGGAGCCUGAAGAGGAACUAGAACUCCUUAAGCAGAUCCUGCAUGCCACCCUGCCCAGGUCAUCUCCUCCUGAGCCUGUUGUAGAGGACGAGGAUGAUGCAGAGUUAGAAGAGGAAGAGUUCGAGUCUGUCCAGGUUUCUGAAAGAGAGUUCAACUUUCUAGACUUCAUCAAGAAGUUUGCCAGCCCCAAUAUUGUGCGUCCAUACCUCCUCUUAUUAAGGUCAUACUCAAAAAACACACCUCACACAAACCACUGCAUCGCUCGAAUGCUGCACCGCGUGGCUGUCGACCUCAAAAUGGAUGCCCUACUUUUCCAGCUGUCAGUAUUCAACCUUUUCAACAAGAUCCUGAGCGACCCUGCCGCAGCUGCUUACAAGGAACUGGUGACCUUUGCCAAGUAUGUGCUGAACCAUUUCUUUUCACUGGCAGCACAAAACGACAAGGCAUAUGUUGAACUGCUGUUCUGGAAAAAUGUGGGGGCUGCACGUGAGAUGACUGAAGGCUACAGCAAAGACGGAGAGGGAAAAAAACCAACGUGGACUGAAGAGGAGGAAGAGGAGUUGCGCAAGCUCUAUGAAGAGCAUCAUCAUUCUGAAGUGCCAGAUAUAGUGGAGACUCUGCUGCCAUUACUCAGCAACAGCAGUCGCACUCGGCGCCAGGUGGUGACGCAGCUGGUGCACAUGGGUCUGGUGGACAAUGCUAAAGAUCUGAAGAAACAGAAGAAAGGUACUCGGAUUGUUCUUUGGACCGAGGAGCAGGAGCUGGAGCUGGAGAUGCUCUACGAGGAGUACAAAGACUCUGACGAUGUGCUGGGUAACAUCCUGAAGAAGGUCACAGCCAAGCGGUCCCGUGCUCGUGUGGUGGACAAGCUGCUCAGUAUGGGGUUGGUGUCUGAGAGACGUGAGCUUUAUAAGAGAAGGAGUCGCAGUGCAAAAGGAAAGAGCGCUGGAAAAGGAAUGACUGAAGAAGAGUUCCUAGAAGGACUAACACAAGAUUUCCCAGAUGAUUCCGUGGACAGAGAUGAUGAAGACGAAGAAGAGGAUGAGUGUGAAGAGAGCGAGGAAGAGGAAGAUCAAGAACAGGAAAAAUCACAAAAUGGAGGAAGGAGGAGCCAAAGCCUGCACUCCCAAGUAGAGAGGAGAGCUGAUGUAGGCAACAUGGUGCUUACUCUACAACAGGAAGGCCUGUCUGGACCCAUGUUGUGGCUACAGAACUGUCUGAACAAAACCGCAGAGGACCGUAAAAAAGAUGGUUUGUCCCAGGCUGUGCCACUUGUUCCUCUGACAGAAGAAAAUGAAGACGCCAUGGACAACAAGAGCUUCCGGAAACUGUUGCGCAAACUGGGAAUUAGAGGACCUGCAAAUGAACAAGAGAUCUUUUGGAGGAUCCCAGCAAACAUCACUCCAUCCCAGCUCCACAGUGCAGCUGCAGCUCUUAGUCCAAGAGAGGAUGAACCUAAAGGAAACCAGGAGGAAGUCGGCUCCAGGGAUCCAACUGUAGAAUCUCAGGAGAAGGAGAAGGAGAAGGAGAAGGAGGAGGAGGAGGAGGAGGUCUCAGGUGAACCGAGAGCUCAGGCUAUGAGAGCUCUUCUGCUCUCACGCAAGAGGAAACACCACACCUCAGAGCACACAGCUCCUGUGUCAGAUGUCACUCCUAUUGAGGAUACAGACAGUACAAUUGAGAGGUCCCAUGAGAAGACCUCAACUAAAAGAAGCAGAAACCGAGUGUUAGACGACGACGAUGAUGAUGAGAAUGAGGACAACUCCACCACUGCAGUGGAUAUGGACACCAACGGUGAUGCGGAUUCAGACAGGGAGGAUAUCUCUGCUCCUGUGAAGCGUAGACGGAAGAUGGUCUUAAUUGAUGAAGAGGAUGAUGAGGAUUAGUGACUUUCUUUAAUGGACUGUAAAAGACUGCAGACAAGGGAGACAUAAAAUGUGGAUACAGCUCUCUGGAGGUCUGCAGUCCAGAGAGCGGAAACUCUAUUAACGGAUAUUAAAGACCAAACAACCCAAAGAAACAGGCCCUUAGACCUGCCCCUGUGGAUACAUAGAUUAUUGUUAAGCUAUUUCAGUUUGUUAUGUCUUUGGUAAGAAAUUAAAUAAAUAAUAGUCUUUACAUUCACAUCAUAGACCUACAGAUAUUACCGUCUGAGAAAGUUUUGCAUCACACAACUCUUUAUAACUCAGUAAUUUCAUCUUUGAUAUGAAAGCUGUAGGUUAAUUAGCUCAUUGUUAUGAUAAAAAAUACAUCUGUUUGUAUUCUUUUGUACUUUUCAGUCAUUUCCAAAGUUGUCUUCAGAUUUCAGAGUAAAAUUCAUGCCUACU